AUGUCACCGUUCCAACGCACGGAGGCACCGGUCAAUGACCUUUGCUCAACAGGUGUGAUUCAUCAGAACGUCUUCUACUUUGAAGGUCGGCAACGACGCCGGAUCUACCAGGACCUCGAGCUUCAUGCCUCGGUGCUGACCUUGAUCCUCACACUGCUGCUCACACCGCGAGGUCGGCUGGAUCCAAACCACUGUGAUCCCUACCCCUCUCACAAGCAUCGUCGCAACAUUCCCUUCUUGCUGAGCAAGCACUUGAACCACAGUGCCAAUAGGGCAGUGCUGCCGUGGGUGUUCCAACAGGUCGACAAGAGUGGUCGAAUUGGUGAGCUUCGCUUGCUGAAGCUGCUGGUGGAGUCGGCCAUGCAUCGGUGGAUGUAUAGCAACAUGCGGAUGCUUGGGGCGGGGCAGUUUGGCACCGUCAUGCAGAGCAGUGUCACAGUGGGCUCAGGACAGUUGCAGGUGGCAAUCAAGCACAUCCCGAAACAAGCCAACAUCCAGGAUCGAUGUGUUUUGGUUGAUGUCUUCACAGAGAUCAGCUGUUUGGACACAAUCCGCUUCGAGGAGAACGUUUGUCACAUCUACGACUUUGGAGUUGAAGAGUCUUGCUAUUGGAUUGUCAUGAAGUACUAUGCAAGCACUUUGAAGAAAUGGCGAGCCUCUCUCGGGCCGAUGAAGGAACAACUUCCAGUGUUGUUGGCAGUCUUCAAACAAAUCCUGCAGGGCCUGGCAGUGCUGCACGAGAACGACAUCAUCCACUAUGACUUGAAGUGUGACAAUGUCAUGAUCGAGCUAAACCAGAAGCAAUCUUUGGCUUCCACGGGAGAUGAGGGCGCCUUGUCCCCCAGCGAUGACGAUUGCUGUGAAGGUGUGUCUCAGGGUGUACCACGCAUUGCUCUGGGUGACUUUGGAGAGUCUCGCAUCAUGGAGAAUUCCCAAGAGCUGGACAUGCGAAAUCGGGGCACAGAGAUCCUGAAGGCGCCAGAGAUGUUGGAACUUGACUUUGUCAGUCGUCGAGACUCCAAGGCCCAUGAUCGCCGCAAGCGAGUAGGAACCAGCAAGGCAGCUGACAUUUGGUCGUUGGGUUGCAUUUUCUUUGAGUUGCUCACGGGCCGCUUCCUCUUCGAGGACUAUGACAUUGCCUCACACUGGGCUUGUGCCACUGGCAAAUCCGGUGGGGACGUGAUCAGCGAGGAGAACGAAAGACGGCUUGACAACAAUGGCCCUUUGCUGGAGUACUUGAGGUUCCUACUGGUCCGCGAUGCACACAGAAGACCCACCAUCCAAAUGGCCACCAAGAAGUUUGAGAGCACUGCCAUGGAGGUUCUCGGAAGUGAGGGCAUUGCCAACGCUGGCUCCUGGACCAGGGCAUCAGGUUUCAACACGCCAGAGUCUCCUCGGAGCAUUGCGCCCAGCCUGGGCAGCAACAGCUCCGCAGGGGCUCGGUUACGACAGGCAGGGUUCGGUUGCUCUUGA